GCAGCGCAUACACUACAAUGGCUGCUGGAAAGAGGGGAAAGCAAACAAUUUCCAGGCCCGCCGCGUCCAGCCCGAAAUAUGGGGAAAAAAUUACAGAAAAAUCGGAGAACCCUGUAAAAGGCGGGAAGAGGGCGCUCAGGGGAUGCUGAGGCUCCCGCGAUCAGCAAAAAUGGGAAGCACUGGAUUCUGGUUUGCUCCUAGACAUGUCAGUGGAACUGGUUAAGACCAAAAUCUGAAGGUUUUUCUUCGUUAUCCGUCACCAGUCCCCUUUUGCUUUCUUUAACGACCACAUGAAACUUGAGAAGCCAUCUAAAGCUAAAUCAUUUAGUGGAGUUGGGCAGUUCCCAAGUGUCCAACAAGAAGGCCUGGUUUAGGCUGCGAUGGCCACUGUCAUUCCUGGUGAUUUGUCAGAAGUAAGAGAUACCCAGAAAGUCCCUUCAGGGAAACGUAAGCGUGGUGAAUCCAAACCAAGAAAAAACUUUCCUUGCCAACUGUGUGACAAGGCCUUUAACAGUGUUGAGAAAUUAAAGGUUCACUCAUACUCUCACACAGGAGAGAGGCCCUACAAGUGCACACAACAAGACUGCACCAAGGCCUUUGUUUCUAAGUACAAAUUACUAAGGCAUAUGGCUACUCAUUCUCCUGAGAAAACCCACAAGUGUAAUUAUUGUGAGAAAAUGUUUCAUCGAAAAGAUCACCUAAAGAAUCACCUACAUACACAUAAUCCCAAUAAAGAGGCCUUUAAGUGUGAAGAAUGUGGAAAGAACUACAACACAAAGCUUGGGUUUAAGCGUCACCUGGCUUUGCAUGCUGCAACAAGUGGUGACCUCACCUGUAAAGUAUGUUUGCAGACAUUUGAAAGCACAGGGGUGUUGCUGGAGCACCUAAAAACUCAUGCAGGCAAAUCAUCAGGUGGAGUGAAGGAGAAAAAGCACCAGUGUGAACAUUGUGAUCGUCGGUUUUACACCCGAAAGGAUGUCCGAAGACACAUGGUAGUGCACACUGGAAGAAAGGACUUCCUCUGUCAGUAUUGUGCACAGAGAUUUGGCCGGAAGGAUCACCUAACACGGCAUAUGAAGAAAAGUCACAACCAAGAACUUCUGAAGGUCAAAACAGAGCCAAUGGACCUUCUAGACCCAUUUACUUGCAAUGUUUCUGUGCCUAUAAAGGAUGAGCUGCUUCCAGUGAUGAAUUUAUCUUCCAGUGAACUGACAUCAAAGCCAUUUACAAACACUUUGCAAUUAAAUCUCUACAACACUCAAAUUCAGUCCAUGCAGAGCUCAACAUCUGCACACCAAAUGGUUGCCACAUCAUUACCUUUAGGAAUGCCUUGUCCGAUAGAUAUGGAAUCUGUCCACCCUUCUCACCAGCUUUCUCUAAAAUAUCCACUCAGUUCUACCUCAUAUACAGUUUCUAUGACUGAUAAAGAGCAGCCAUUGAAAGGGGAAAUUGAAAGUUACUUAAUGGAAUUGCAAAGUGGUAUGCCUUCUUCAUCCCAAGAUUCUCAUGCAUCUUCAUCUAAAUUAGGGUUGGAUUCUCAAGUAGGUCCACUAGAUGAUGGAUCUGGGGAUAUUUCCCUUUCCAAAAGUUCUGUUUCUAUUAGUGAACCUUUAAGCACCCCAUCACUGGACUUUUCUCAGUUAUUCAAUUUUAUACCAGUAAAUGGACCUCCUUUUAAUCCUUCUGUUUCUGUGGGAAAUCUUGGAAUGGGUUACACACAGGAGGAGGCGCAUUCAUCUAUGCCUCAGCUUCCUCCACAGGCACAAGAUCCACAAGACCCUGGUAAUAGUAUAGGCCUUGGGUCUUUGCAUUCAUUGUCAGCAGCUUUUACAAGCAGUCUAAACACAACCACAACCCUUCCACGAUUUCAUCAAGCUUUCCAAUAGAAUGAAAAAAAUGGCCUUGUGACAAUUUUAUUUGUAGAAAUGCCUUAGAUUACUUUAAUGUAGUGCCUGCUAUGUCAUUUGUAAAUCUACUUUUGUACAGUACCAAUCUCAUUAAGCCAGUAUGAAAUUCAAAUUAACUUUUAAAAUAUUUUGAAUGUGUUCAUUCACAAUUGUUUACUUUGGUUUUUAAAACUGUCUCUGUAUUCACACUGCCAAUAGACCCAUACUUUAAAAUAUAUAUAUAAAGAAACCAUUCCUGAAAUUUUAUGUAUCCCAUGUUUUAAAGCUUCAUUAAGAUUUGAUAAUUCUACAGGUCAAUGGAAUGGCGACUAUUUUAAUAACUUUAAUAGUAGCAACAGAACAUUAAUGUUAAUACAGAUAAUUUCCUGAAAAAUUCAGAAAACUAUUGUCUUGUUCAUAACCUGAAAAUAAUGCUUUAUAAAUACGUUUGUAACUCUUGUAUGAAAAAUUGUACAGCUUUUACAUGUAGGUUUUUUAGAAGAUCUGAAGGAUCUACUACUCUUGCUUAAAUACUUUCACAAGUUAGAGAGGAAGAAAACUCUCAUUUAAGUGCAAUUACAAAGUAGUAUAAUUUGGCAAGAAAAGUAUGCCUAAUUGGCAAGUUUAAAAAGUGACAAAAUUAAAAGCUGGCUUUGAAAUAAAAAUAUUGUAACUUCACUUUUUCUAUAAAUACCUAUCUUUUCUAUCUCUCAUCCAAAAGGUGGGUCAAAUCCAGCCAAGUUUUAAAUGCUGUCAAUUUGAUUAGUUUGCAGUCAGAAAAUGAAUGUAAAUUUGCAAAUACAUGUUUCCAUAUUUUCAUUGGAGUGGAUCUUUUGAGUUGUAUUUCAUGGUGUGUAAUGGCGCCCUAAGCAACAACAUAGGUGGUAAUCACACUUACCACACCUGGGUAUUUGGCUAGUGAACUUUUUUCAAUGCCAAGAAUUAAGAACAGGACUCCUAGGAGUGAAGUAAAAGCAUAUUGCUUAUGCCACUUUUACCUAAUAUACAAGGGUAUUUAGGAAAAGUAAUAACAGAAUGGCUAAUCAUGCUGUAUGUCAAAUUUAUGUUGCUUUUCAAAACACCCUCUUAUUCCUUACUCCCUGAUAACCAAAAGAGGGGGAACUGUGAUAUAUAAAUGCAGAAUAUAGUUUUGCUAUACCUUGGAAACAUUCUGUUCCUUGUCAUUUUUAGGAGGAAUUUUUAAAAUGCAUAACUAUCUCCAAUAAUUUGUGUGGAUGAAUACAUGGGUUUUAAGUGGUUAAAAUAAAUAUACUUCACAGAAACAAAAGUUGCUCCCAUUGAGGAGCUUUUGCUCCCAAUAUUUGUAUCAUUGGUUCCUACUUUUUUAUCGUAGGAAUAAUAUGCAGAUGUGAUUUUACUAUUUUAUACUGAUGUAUUUAAAUUUUAUUACUGAAUGGUAACUUUUUAUAAAUGUUUAUGUUCCAAAGGCAUUAAAAUAAGGAUGUAUUAAUAAGGAAAAUACCUUUUCAAAACUCUGCAAGCUGCUCCAAUAUGCUGUGAGAAGUCUUUCUCAAAGUAGACCUUAACUCUGCUGCAUGAUUGCUUCCUUUAGUUUCUAUGAAACAGAUUGCUAAAAUAUAUCUUUAGUGGAAUGAUUUGUUCAAUAUUGCUUUCCAGCCUUUUAGCACCAUCAUUUUAAGGGGAAAACAUUUAAAAAGAAAAUUGGAAAUACUGCAAAAUACUUUAUGGUCGAAAUGGUAUGAAGCAAGUAGAAAUUUCCUUCUGGAUUAGAAAGCAUAGGAAGGCUUUACCUCUUCAAAGGAAUCAUAUCCUAUGAGGAAAUUAAACAUCCUAAUGUGCUUUUUGUAGAUGUUGAAUAUGUUCAACACCUCACAGAAUUGGCACCUGCUGGCCUUCUCUGCCCAAUUUUUCCAUUCACUUUAAACAAUUGUGUUUGUUCCUAGGAAACUCCAUCAGACAACUGUUGAAAAAAGUAUGUCACUCAUUUCAGAAGUGAGUUGAACUAGUUUUAACCUUUCAGUUUCUAAUUGAGGCUUACCACUACAUUAGUUAUGGUGUUUGACAGGGAUGGUAUGUACAAAGCAUGUUACAACAAUGUUAUCUGUCUUCAGUGUUAGUUGCUGGUUAACUUGAUUUAAAAAAAAACUAGUUUUUCCAGUACUCCUUAAUAUACAUGAAGGCUCCAUAUUGUCAUGGCAGUUCCUUCAGGUUCUACAAUGGGAUUAAUUAGACAGGUGCACUUCAAAUAAGUAGUAGAAUCUCAGACAAGAUAUUGAACCUCAUUCAGUUAGUACUUCAGAAAGUAGCUACACCUUGUGUGCAAGCCACUGAAGUAAGAUGUAUAAAUAUAUGGAAGCAGAAUGACAGUGUAGGCGUUAUGUACACAUUAGUGCUUUAUGACUAUCAUUUAGGCAGAAACUUUGUUGGCAACUUAAAAAUGUCAAUUUUAAAGCCUAUUUUGUAGUUACCAGGUUAAUUCUUAAGAGUGGAGUGUGGUGUGUGCUGGCUGAUCAUGCACCACACUUUGUACAACUUCUAAACUUCUGCUAUGGAUUUAAAAAAAUAUUAUAUAUAUAAUUUGCUUGUGUUUUAUUAGUAGUGAAUUGUGGAAUAGAGUGAUUUAUUCAUUUGGCAGUAGAGGUUUUCAAAAACCAUAUACUGACUAAAACAUGAGCCAGACCUGAUUGCUUUAUUAAGCUAAUAAUGAAUGUUAAGAGUACAUAUUUUCAGGAUCUUUUGCCUAGUGAGCUCUAUAUGUAUUGUAGAUUGGUGUGUGUGCGGGUGGGUGUGUAUGUGUGUGUGUUAAACUAAAGCUCGAUCAACUUCUGUGUUACACAUAAUACAAGAUAUAGCACUUUCAAAAAGAAAACCUAAACCUUAUAAAAGAUAGUUUCUUACAGGUUAUGCUUUCUAUUAUAAAAUCUUAUAUUAUAAUUUUUCAAGUGCCAUUAGAUGAUAUAUGUGGGCCUUUGAUAUAAUGCUUUGGGUACAAAAUGGUAAACAUUUUUAACUUUUAACAGGUACAUCUUAAAGUGUUUUUGUAUCAAUUUGCUAUAUUGCACAGAACCAGUGUGUCUUUUUAAAGGGUUUUACAAUGGAUUUCUAGGUUUACAUGUUUCAAACUAUGCCGUCUUCUACUGCCAUUUAAUACCAAUCCAAAAACUGCGUGGUCAACAAUAGUUAAGUGUAUACUCAAAUCUUAGAGGUUGCAGUCGUGUGCCCACUAAUGCUAAGUAAAUCCCAUACAUUUCAUUGGGAAUUACAUGUGUGAAAUUAGGCACAGGAUUUCAACCUUACAUCUCAAUCCUAUGUAUGUUUACUUGGAAGAUCCACUAAAUUCAAUGGAAUUUACUUCCAAAUAAAUGUGCAUAAGAUUGCAAUCUUCAGGAUGUUUAAAAAGCAGUAUUCUAAAGAUAUAAUGUCCUACCAUAGCUAUGCUGCUGUUGAAAUUCAAUAUAGGGUUGAUCCUGUGCCUGUAUAAAGGGAAGGAUUAAGCUCUUAAUUACUUGUCUCAUACACUGGUUUAGCAGCUUAAAAUGACGUGCCUCUUAGUAUCAAAACCUAUACAUUACUUGCUAUGAAGUAUACCGUGUAGGUUCAGCUGCCUAUCUGCAUCAUGUCAGUAUAUAAUGAACACAGCCACCUAUUUGACAUUACAGAGGAAGGCACUUUCAAGUGAUGUCGUGGUAAUUAAAAUGUAUUUUAGUCCCUUAACCCCUAUAAGGGUGGUGGUAUGUCGAAAAUCCAUGUCUUUUGAUUAGUAUUUAACCCUAAAAUUGACACAACUAUUGCUAACUGCAUGUAUACACUUUUCAGUAUAAGCUUCAGUGGUACAGUUGAACCAGAAUGAAUGUUUAUCUUCUCAGAAACACUCCUGCAAAUAUAGUGGAUCAUGCUGCUAAUAUAACUUGGGAUACAACUCCUCUCAUGGUGCUACAGACCUCCCUGUCUCAUUUAGACUGAUGUAUUUUUAUCCAUAGAGAAAGGCCUAUACUAGAUUUAUAGAUGUAUGAUAUAUUUUUAUACUGUGACUUAAUUUGUCAUUAAUGAAUUUUGUACACCACCAUGUUUUCAUAUGCACUUGCAAAAGGAGAAACUUGGACAUGUAAAUUUAUACCCAGAUAAGCCUAUUCUCAAAACUAGAAGAUGACAGUUGAAAGGAGGGCUUUUGAUAUGGUGUGAAGUGAAGAACAUACUUAUUUCUAAGAGCCCUUUGAAUAUUGACAAACUGGGAAACAAUAUAAAAAGGUUGACACCUGAACCUGACUUGGAUUGCUGAAAUUAUAUUUUUAGAUAGUGAGAAAUGUUUGGACUUGUGUGCUAAAAUGUUUUAAUGAUACAGAUUAUGAGUCAAAAUAGAAAAAUGCAUUCCAGACUGAAUUUGUGUAUUUCAUUUAAAAUUACUAUCCUGUGAUAUGGGAAAUUGUGUUGCUUUUAUCAUGUAUAUGUACUUUAAAAUGUAUUCACAAACUACUGUUGUACUUGUAUAAAAUAUAGACAAAAGAUUGCAUAUAUAUUUUUGUGUAUAAGCUCUGUAAAAUAGCUAUCACAUUAUGAAGCUGCAGCAGGAUUUCAUUUUAGACAUUCAUAUCCAAAGAAACAGACUAUUUAUUGUCCACAUACCCUGAUAAAAAUAUAACUUGCUGCUAUUAAACAAUAGUGCUGCAGCUUCU